UUGUUUUUAGACAACUAUUGUGUAUGUUACCAAACAUAUUGUACCUGAUAAUGGCGGCAUUUGUUGUCGUAAAACCGUUUCAACGGGUAUGAUUUGACGACAUUCUUACCGGAUUUGCUAGCUUACAUUAGCUUGAAUUAGCUGUUAUCAUCAUCCGGUAGCUAGCUCAGACCAAUGAGUCCACAGGAAGUGCUCAGUGUUCAGCAGUGCUGUACCUUGAAGGUAACGUUAGCUAGUUUGUAAACCGGCCCUGGCAAGUUACUUCUUAUUCAGUUGUGCAAAACUCUUGUGUUGCUAACAUUUAGUCGUAAUAAUGGCCUCGUCGGAGAUAUCGUUCCUCUUCGAUUUUACAGUUAAUAAAUGAGUGACAGUCGCUACUUUUCCCAUGAACGUUGUGGUGUCACAAUUGUUUGCUACGUUUAGACCUCACACGUAAAGCAACGUCAGCAGUCAGUAACGCUGCACUACAGCUAGCUGUGUCCGUGAACGUCUCACUGUAACACAUGUCUGCGUCCUGCUCUCUGUCACACGCAGCUUUCAGUGCUUCAAACAUGGAUCAAGACAACAAUUCAGAGGAUGAGUCAGUCGGCCCAUCGGAGGACCCAUCAGAAGAGGAACUGCCUUGUGUACCUGCAGGGAUCUCGGACGGUGACGCAAUGGAGCUGCUUUGGCAGUUGCGAUCCCAGCGCCGCCAGUCGUCCCCUGAGCUCCCAGAGACGGUGACCCGUCUCACUGCCCCUGAUGGCAGCCUCCUGUACCUGGUGGGCACCGCCCACUUCAGUGACAGCAGCAAGCAGGACGUGGCCACGAUGAUCCGCGCUGUGCAGCCAGACGUUGUGGUGGUGGAGCUGUGCCAGUACAGGGUGUCGAUGCUGAAGAUGGACGAGAUUACACUGUUGAGGGAAGCCAAAGACAUCAACCUGGAUAAGGUUCAGCAGGCCAUUAAACAGAAUGGGCUGAUGUCUGGCCUCAUGCAGAUUCUCCUGCUCAAAGUUUCAGCUCACAUCACAGAGCAACUGGGCAUGGCUCCUGGAGGAGAGUUUAGGGAGGCCUUCAAAGAGGCUGGACAAGUGCCGUUCUGUAAGUUUCACCUUGGGGACCGGCCCAUCCCUGUGACGUUCAAGCGAGCCAUUGCAGCUCUCAGUCUGUGGCAGAAGGCCCGUCUGGCGUGGGGUCUUUGCUUUUUGUCGGAUCCAAUCAGUAAAGAAGACGUAGAGAAGUGCAAACAGAAGGACCUGCUGGAACAGACCAUGUCGGAGAUGAUCGGCGAGUUCCCCGCUCUCCACCAGACCAUCGUGGCUGAAAGAGACAUCUACCUCACGCACACGCUCCGCCAGGCUACGCGCUGUGUGGAGGCCCCCCGUACUGCUCAGAAAGUGCCUGCUGUGGUGGUGGGAGUCGUCGGGAUGGGUCACAUCCCCGGCAUAGAGAGAAACUGGGAGAAGCAGCUCAACAUAAAUGAAAUCAUGAGUGUUGCACCCCCCUCCCGUUUUGGCUGGGUGUUGCGCACGGUCAUAAAGGGCGUCGUGGCGGGAGUGCUGGGAUAUGCCUGCUACCGUGCUGGAGGGACUUUGGGUCGAGCCCUCCUGUCUUCACCUACAGUCCUAUCUUUACUGGAGACUCUGCAGCCACCCGCUGCUCUCAGCCAACAGUGACAUGACCUCUGACCUUUUGAGACGAUGCAUUUUUCACCAAUAGCCUUAAAAAACAGGAGGUGGGGCUGGAGGAACGGUUUCACCAGCACACACUAUGAACUAACAAGGAUUUCAGGGGGGUCAAGAGCCUCCCACCCCGCAUAUGAUGUCCCUGUAGACGCAGCAGGGCCGUACUGCCAAAGAAACCGUGACAGUACUCUUCGCUUUCUUCCACAUUUUGUGCGAAUCCUGCAUUUUGUAAGGUCUACAAAUGCCAAUAAUUUCUUUUGAAUAGAUUUACAAUCCCCCCAUCGUACCUUUUUUAAUGAUUUAAUUUUAAUUUGACAAGUAUCAUCAGAAUCAUCUUCAGUCACGUGCCCUGAUGCGACUGAACCAUUUUCCAAGAGGCACGCUUUUCUAACGCUGUCUCUUUAUUCCUUCCUCCUCUCUGGUGCCUGACAGCAAUUUUGGUAAUUAGCCCAUUUCAAGUCCAGCACUUUAUAACGGAGUCUUGUACUGUACAUGCAGCUUAUGGAUGGGGAGACGAAGGUACAAUGUCAAGUCAGUCACUAUACUCAUAAAUACAAUCUAGGAGUAAGCUUGGUGCAUAGAGUGACCAUCAUGGUGUGAGAUAAAUGUAAAAUAAAUCAUCUUCUUAAUUCUUGAAAAAUCUACUAUUUGAAAUAAGACACAAGCAUUCCCCGUGUGCACGGUGCUGUCCACGUCAACAGACAAGUGCCUCAUGUUGCAGUAGGAAGGAAUGAUGAAAGGGAACGGAAAAAAUAAGUCUGUGCAUCUUACACAUACUACAACCAAAUGGUCAAUGCAAUUUUCUAGUAUUCUGUCUUUAUAUAGUUAUGAUGGACCUUUUUUAUAUAUAAAUACAGUUCCCCUUAAAAUAGCCCGUCUACUUUGUGUUGGCUUCCGGUGAGAAGACGCCAUAGCCCCUUCAUUUUAUGAUCGUUCAUACUUUCAACAGGACGAUGCAGGACGGGCUUAAUUAAGUGUGCCUCAGGAUGAGCAAAGCAUUCGUCUUGUAAUUUGUAUAUUUGAUUGUACCUCCAGUAUAAAGCAGCCUCACAGAUUGGCUUGAAGUGGCUCCAUCUGUGAGUAAGUUGUUCAUACUUGAACCAAAAAUAUGCAUGUUGUACAGAAAGACAUCUCCUGAGAACAUCUGUCAUUCAGCGCACCAGCUGUUUGUACUUUUAUGAUGUGUGCAUUAUCACUUGCCAGUUGGAUUGUUGAAUGAAAUAGAUGAUAGAAAUGAAAUUGGUUUGUUUUCCUUCUCAUUGAGUAUUGAACUUGACUGUAAUGAUUUCUCAGUGGAACUUUGUUAUGGACUUGUUUUGAUUACUGUGAAAGAAAUGGACAGUUUAGGUUGGUGAGUUUGGAGGUAAAGCCUUACACUGCUAUCACUGCUGCCUUUGACCCUCAGAUUACCAACACUGACCUGUAUUCAUAGUACAGAGCUUCUUAUUGCACGUCUAAAAAAAAAAAAAAAAAGAAACCAGUAAGACAUGCCUGGAGCUUUAAGUGGAAGAUGACCCAACACAUCAAAUCUUCUGAACAAAGCAUUAACAAGGUUGCAAGGGCAUGAACCAACAUAUUUUCCAAGCAUUCCUAAUAUUUUCUUUUAAGUGAUUUUAUGUACAGUACUGGAAUUAUUUAGAUGUAUUUAAAAGAGCUAUGACAGUAGAUCAUGUGCUGUCUUUCGUUUGUGAAAUGGUCCAAUGGACUCGUAUGGGACUUGAGUAAAAGGAGCAUUGCUCCACAUGAUUAAGUCAUCUACACAUUAAACUAACUCAGAUAAACUGUCUUCCAAUUGAUUAAUCAGUUAUCUUGCUUUAGAGAUGAGGAUAUUGGGAACAGAUGUAGUCAUGACUCUGUCCCUCAGCCGUAUAAUACAUUCAAACGUUGUGUCUGUGUCCGUCCCCACAUUAUGUCCAAAGGUUUGUUCUAUUGUAUGUUGGAGAAUUGCCAAGAGAAAACUGUAUGAAUGUGUCCUUGUGUGGUAUUGUCAUUGUUACCAAAUUCAUUCUGUAAUGAAUUAUGAAACAGUUUUCAGUAAAGAUAAACUAUUUACCUCAA